AUUUAGCAAUUUGCAUUUUUAAAAAAUGGACCUUAAUGGGAAGACACACUGGGAUAGCAUCCUGGAGGGAAUUUUUUUUUAAAGUUCUAAUCAACUAGAAAAUGUGACGUAGUGCACAUUGUGAUUAUUUAAGAUUCAUGAUUCACUGUAGGUUAGGUGCUUGGUUGAUGCGGAUCCCCAGGGCCUAGCCGCUGUUUCGUGCCACUCCUGUUAAUUUUUAAAUUGACUAUGUCCUUUUAACCAUACUUUAAAAAGUUGAACUACCCCAAUGUGAACACUUUCCAUUUUGCUAUAUAAUGAGAGUACUUUCAUUCCUUUAAUGUUUGCUUUUUCCUUUGAUCUAACCAUUUCUCUUCAAAUUUCACAGUUUUCUGUUGCUUUAGGAUUGAAAUAACCGAUUAGCCCGCUGGGAGCAUGAAACAGACUUAAAAAAAUCUGCAUGAUAUUUCGUCCCAGUGAAAUUAAUUUAGGUUUAAAUACGGGGGAAGGGACGCACCUCGUGAUCAAAUCUCUUUCUCUCACACACCUGAGCAGCUCCUAUCCUAAAAGGGCACAGUCGGACCUGCUGCCAAGUCUUAAGUCUUCUGUGAGGACCUUUUGCAAGGCACAGUCUCGGAGAACCUCUUUCUCUUUGACACCCGGCUUUGUGUGGGCCUGAUGACACGUUUGGACGGCUCUAUUUUUUUGAAGGCCAACACCAGAGGCCCACGGACGCGUCGGGCACUGUCCGUGGCUAGCGUACUUUAGUGUAGCUGAGUUGACUUCUCGGGUGUUUUAGGAAACGCACCUUCUUGCAGGGCAGGGUCUGUCAGUUCCAGAGCAACAAAGGACAAUUUGGAGGGGAGUGGAAAGAGCGUUCCACAGUGGCUGUGGCAUCCCAGGGUCCCUUCUGCCUAGCACCGUGGCCCUAGUGAUCCCGCUUUUGCCCUCUGGAUCCCCCACCCCCACUGUCUCGCCGCUAGAUAGCCCAGCGGGGCGCGGCGAGCCCCACUACCUUCCCCCACACCCUCCCUCUCCAUCCCCUUCAAAUCCUGGGAGCAGCGCUGCGCAAGCAGCCGAGCUCGCCCCGCGCCCCCCACCCCCCGGCCUCCCCAGCACCCCGGAGACCCACUCCCCCGUCCCGCCUCCCGCAGUCCUGCAGUCUGCAGUCUCCCUCUCCAGCCCCAGUGGCGGGAGCUGUCAAGCCCGCUGCAGCCGAACCAGCCUCUGAGCUCCCGCGUCUCCGCUCCUUCCUUUGUGUGCGCGCGAGCGGAGUUGGGGCGGAGGGAGAAGGGGGAGGUCGCUCUGUCGGUCUGUCUCCCGCUGCCUCUGCCCCGGCUACUCGAAGUGAGGCGGGAGAGGCGGGAGCCUAGGAAAGGGUGCGGGAGCUGGCGGGGCGCUCGGGGCCGCCGGGACGCCCUGGUCCCAGCCGCGCACGGGGGAGCGCGGACGGCAGAGGGGCUCGGCAGGAGCCGAGAUCCGCACGUCCCGGCCACCCCUCGGCCUCCCUCUGCUCCCACCUACCCCCUGACACCCGGAGAAAAGCGUGCAAAGGCGCGGAGCGGGACGGAAACCACAAAUAAAUAGCGGCGGCGGCAGCGCGUCAUCUGGUGGAGCAGGAAGUGCAGGCAGAGUCCGGAGGCUGGUGCUUUCUGCGCGUCCCCAGGACUUUGCCAUGGGCUGGGGGCCGCGGAGGCUGCGAGCGGCCGGGCGAGGGCAGCGGCGGCGGCGCCCGCACCGGGGCUGAGCGAGCACGACGCUAGGGGCUCGCGGAGAUGGCAGCGUCCAGUAACUCCAGCCUGUCCGGCUCCUCGGUGUCCUCCGUUUUGGAGGAAAAAAAAAAAUCUGUCAUGGACUACAAUGACUUCUUAACUGGCUAUUUCCACUUUUGCCUCUCUUCAGUGUGUUCUGAGCCCAGAAGCCAGAGCGAGCUUCCAAAAUAUGCUGAAGAAUACCAGCCUCCAAUAUGGAAAUCAUACCUAUAUCAGUUACAGCAAGAGGCACCUCGUCCCAAGAGAAUCAUUUGUCCUCGGGAGGUGGAAAACAGACCAAAAUAUUAUGGAAGAGAGUUUCACGGGAUCAUCUCCCGGGAGCAGGCGGACGAGCUUCUCGGAGGUGUGGAGGGUGCCUACAUCCUUAGAGAAAGCCAGCGGCAACCAGGAUGCUACACGCUGGCUCUCAGGUUUGGAAACCAGACCUUAAACUACAGGCUCUUCCAUGACGGGAAACACUUCGUGGGUGAGAAGAGGUUUGAGUCGAUUCACGAUCUAGUGACAGAUGGCUUGAUAACACUGUACAUAGAAACAAAAGCUGCCGAAUACAUUUCAAAAAUGACAACUAACCCCAUCUAUGAACACAUUGGAUAUGCCACCCUACUCAGAGAAAAAGUAUCCAGAAGGCUGAGCAGGUCUAAAAACGAACCAAGAAAAACAAACGUCACACACGAGGAACACACGGCGGUGGAAAAGAUCUCCUCCCUGGUUCGAAGGGCAGCCCUCACACACAACGACAACCACUUCAACUACGAGAAGACACACAACUUUAAGGUCCACACAUUCCGAGGCCCACAUUGGUGUGAAUAUUGUGCCAAUUUCAUGUGGGGGCUCAUCGCCCAAGGGGUCCGGUGCUCAGACUGUGGACUGAACGUACACAAACAGUGUUCCAAGCACGUUCCCAAUGACUGCCAACCUGAUCUCAAGAGGAUCAAGAAGGUGUACUGUUGUGAUCUCACAACACUUGUGAAGGCCCACAAUACUCAGAGGCCCAUGGUGGUGGACAUAUGCAUUCGGGAAAUUGAAGCAAGAGGAUUAAAAUCAGAAGGCCUUUACAGAGUCUCUGGGUUCACCGAACACAUUGAAGAUGUCAAAAUGGCAUUUGACAGAGAUGGUGAAAAGGCUGAUAUAUCUGCCAAUGUCUAUCCAGACAUAAACAUCAUUACUGGAGCCCUUAAACUGUAUUUCAGAGACUUACCCAUCCCUGUCAUCACGUAUGACACCUAUUCCAAAUUUAUAGAUGCAGCAAAAAUCUCCAAUGCAGAUGAGAGGCUGGAAGCUGUCCAUGAAGUACUGAUGCUGCUGCCUCCUGCCCACUAUGAAACCCUCCGGUACCUAAUGAUCCAUCUCAAAAAGGUUACUAUGAAUGAAAAAGAUAAUUUUAUGAAUGCAGAAAAUCUGGGGAUCGUGUUUGGGCCCACGCUGAUGAGGCCCCCCGAGGAUAGCACCCUUACCACCCUGCACGACAUGCGGUACCAAAAGCUGAUUGUGCAGAUUUUAAUAGAAAACGAAGAUGUUUUGUUUUAACCCAUCAGAGAAAUGAGCUGAAUGGCCCCAGCGCCACCCUAGUUGACAAAGCUAAAGGAAUAAAAACGUUUCUUACGCUUGAUUUGUUUUCCAAACAAGUGAUAGAAUUUGCUGGACCGCAGAGGAUCGCCGAGUGGAGUGCUGUGUCUCAUAGACGCGCGCCACCUCCACAUGAGAACAAGGGUAAAGGUGAGGAAAGCCCUCACCUUGGAUCUUUUGCUGUGCCUCCUGUGUAUGUCUGGUUUGCUGGAAGAGUGAUUAAUACAUCUUUAAUUUAUUAAAUAAUGUAGACCUUUACACUUUAGUCUUAUUGGUAAUAAAAGGGAACUUAAUUCAUAAAGGUACUUGAUACAGUUAUACAUUUUCCACUUACAAAAAGAAGACAAUUCUGUUCAAUGUUAAAUGCUAUUAUCAUAAAAUGUACUUUUAUUUUAGCCACAAGAAUGUUAUUUUAGCAAAUAGAAGUCAAUGCAGUGCAUUGGUUAUUAUGCUGUGUACCUUGUCCCUCAUUUUGCUGUGACACCCUGAAAAAGUUGACCAUGAAUGCAGUAUUAUCUCGACAUACCUCUGUCCUCCUCAGUGCUUUUCAAUGGAAUUUCACCUGCCCCUUGUGUUCCUGCUUUUGAUAGUUUUUGCUCUUAAGCACUGGCAUUCUGCUACUGUAUGGUAUAUAUUUAUAGCAAUUGUAGGACGGUCUGAAAUGUCCACUAAUUUUCUUUUCGUACCAAUUUUGUGAAUUCCCAAAGUAUGAUUUGCAAUUGGUCAUAGUCUUUUGCGAUCAUUUUACCUAAAAUUAUUUGAGAACACCAGAUGUAUCUGGUCUGUGUAAAAAAUGUAGCACCUUUCCUCCUGUCUUCCUGGCCAGGCCCUCUGAAUAUCAAAUUGUAUUUUUGCCACAUUUCUGUAUUGGUGAAAAGCGAAUCUGCAGAAUAAUUGUCAAUGUUUUUAAUUUUUUUAUAAACCUGUUUUUAAAAGUGAGAAUAAGGUUGGCUUAUCCCAAAUGUUUGUUCCUCCUUGAUAAAAGUAGCUCUGUAUGGAUAAUUUAAUAUGAUUUUAUUACUAUAGUUCCAUUCUCUUGGUUAUAUUUAUCUUAGUAUGAGCCUUUCACGCCAAGAUUUCUAUAUUUUGUAACAUAGGUGAAAUAUUUAAAACAUCAGAAACUAUAAAUCUAGAUUUUUUUAAAAUCCAACUACAAUGUCUUUUCCUCUGAUUGAGAUGAUUUGUGUAAACUCAGACGUCUUGCUUUGGAGUGGGCAGAAGAGAAUGACUGUGUGUUACAUGAAACUGAAAGGAGGACCACCGUGUGACCGUUGACCUUGACAGUCCCAAGGGCUAUGCAGAUGGACUCCAUUGGCACACGGAGGUCAGAAUGCUUUGACCUCUUCCCUUCUAUUAUCCCUCCUCCCAAAUGUACAGAUUUGUUUGUUGUAGUUUAUGUACUUCUUGAUACUGUCAAAAAAUUAUCUGGAAAUGGUUUUAUUUUGUGAAGUGAACAAUACUUUGUAAUUUAUGAUAGUGUAAAUGGAAAGCAAAGCAUCACAUGUAUUAAAUUCUUCUGUCUAUUA